CAUUUCCUGCUGACUACGAUGGCGUCUGUAGAUCUGAGGGACGAGCUGAUCUGCUCCAUCUGCCUGAACAUCUACACAGAUCCCGUCACCCUGAGCUGCGGACACAACUUCUGCCGGGGGUGCAUCAAUGGUGUGCUGGAUAUACAAGGGAAUCCUGAAGGAUACAGCUGUCCUGACUGCAGAGCAAGAUUCACGGGACGCCCUGUCCUGCAGGGGAACGUUACUCUGCGUAACAUAGCAGAGAGAUUCCAGUCUGCUGAGCCAGAAGGGAACAGUGGAGUCCUCUGUGGGUACUGCAUUCAUACUCCAGUCUCUGCUGUUAAGUGCUGUCUGCAUUGUGAAGCUUCUCUGUGUCCUGACCACCUCAAAGUCCACAGCAAGUCUCCAGAACACGUCCUCUGUGAACCCGGCAUAGCUCUGAACACCAGGAAAUGUGUCAUCCACAAGAAGAUCCUGGAAUAUUAUUGCUCCGAGGACUCAACGCUUAUAUGUGUGUCCUGCAGACUGCAAGGGGGGCAUGGAGGACACCAGGUGGAGUCACUUGAUAAAGCCUCCGAAAAGAAGAGGAGUCAACUGUUCAAAAUUUUGCAACAACUGGAAUCGAAGAUAUCAGAGGUGGAGAAAAAUUUAGAUCUGGAGGAACGCAAGAGAAACAUCCACUAUAAAGCAACUCGCACAACAAAGGACAUAUCCGCCAUCUUUGGAGACAUAAGGAGACAGCUAGAAGAUCUGGAGAAGAGAGUCCUGAUGGAGGUCUCCAGGCAGGAAGUGCAAGCAUCGCUGACUGCCUAUGAUCUGAUCCGACAGUUGGAGAUGAAGAAAGACGGGAUAUCUGCGUCGAUGCGGCAUACUGAAGCGCUUUGUCACAUGACCGAUCCAGUAGCUGUCCUACAAGACCACGGUCCCAAGGUUCACUCCGACGUGACAUCUGAGAAAGGUCAGACCGCGAAAAGGAUGAGGGAAGAUGGAAAUGUGGCAGAUGAUCUGUGUAUGGAUCCAAUCUCGAAUGCAUUACACGCCCUAAAUGAUAUUGUGAGAGGCGUGCGGAGGGGCAUUUAUAUGCCGCCUCCAACAGACAUCAUCCUGGACGAGGACACUGCUGGCAAUUAUAUAAAUAUAUCAGACGACCUGAAAGGGGCAGCCUACUCCGAACGCAAAAAUGAUCUCCCCAAAACUCCCGGGAGGUUCAAGUGUAAUCAGAUCUUGAGUAGGCAGAGUUUUUCUUCGGGGGUACAUUACUGGGAUAUGGAGGGUAGCGGAUCAGGGAUGUGGAGGGUUGGUGUAUGUUACCCCAGCAUAGACAGGGCUCACACCAACUCAGUCAUUGGCAGUAACGACCGGUCCUGGGCUCUGGAAUAUUUCAUUAGCGAAUAUUCAGCCAUACAUGAUAGUGAAGAAGUCAGCGUCUCCCAAGACACAUCAUGCCAACGGCUGAGGAUAUGGCUGGAUUAUGAGGCCGGGCAGUUAUCCUUUUACGAGCUCAGUGACCCCAUCAAACACCUCAACACCUUCUCCGCCAUCUUUACCGAGCCCCUCCAUGCUGCAUUCUGGGUGGGGUGGGAUAUGGUCCAUAAAGACAGCUGGGUGAAGAUCGAGGAUUGUGGGAAGUAAUACUAGUGGAGCUGUCUUGUGGUUCCUUUCUACAGGCCUGAUGAAGGGGGCAGAGGUCCUGAGUGAGUUACCCUAUUGCAAAAUGACCAGAGUGGACAACCCAUUUAAGUUUCUCCAAAUCGUCAAUAUGAGAUGUAUUCAGACUGCCAUCUUGUGGCAGAACAGACAAGGUUUUACAAUUAUUGGGGUGUGGGGGUAACACGUAAAAAUGUUAGGAAAAACAUUCCAGUUCAGUGAUGCCCUCUUAUAAUCCGCACAUGCAUAGUGCACUUUUAGGGACGAUGGGUGACCCCUAUAUUUUCGACAAGCCU